UCAAAAAGCUCAUAAGCUGGAGAACAGUUAGCAGUGUAGGAGUACCGCCCAUUUUCUCUCUCCGUUUUGGUUUCAACGCCACAGAAAAAGGAAUACUUUGGGCUUUUAAAUCUUUGCUUCCCUUGAGCAGGAUUUGUUAAUUGAGGAUAAGCAAUCGCUUUGGGAAAAGGUGAGAGUGGGUUUGGAAUCAUCUGUUUCAUCUAGUUGAUCAAUAAUCACUUCAGAAUGGCUUUAGAAGGCUGCGCAAGGAUCGUCAAGAUCCUUAUGUUUAUCUUCAACUUCAUCUUCUUUGUCGCUGGUAUCGUUGUGCUCGCUGUUGGUAUCUAUGUCAAUGUCGUUGACGGAGACUUCGCUCAGAUCCUCCCCAGCUUACCGUACCUCAGCGCAGGCAAUCUCCUGAUCGCAUGCGGUGUCAUCGUCCUCGUCGUUGGGUUCCUCGGAUGCUGCGGUGCCAUCAAGGAAAGCCCAUGCAUGCUCCUCAUUUUCUUCUUCCUGCUCCUACUCAUCCUCAUCCUUGAAAUCGCUGCUGGUGCCCUUGCCUUCACAUACAGGAACAAGGUCGAAGAGUUUGUCAUCAAGGAUCUUACCACUGGACUCUCACAAUACAACAAGUCUCAGUCACUUACCAAGGCAUGGGAUAUCCUUCAGUCAGAUCUGCAAUGUUGCGGUGUGAACACAUCCGAUGACUGGCAAAGUCCCAACAUCACGCUGGCAGGACCAUUUCCAGACUCGUGUUGUAAGGAUGGGUUUGAGAAGGACUGUGCAAUAAGAGUUGGUGCUGUGCCAUGGGAUGUGGGCUGCCAAGGAAAACUCACGAUGAAGCUCCGCGAUAACAUCUACAUUGUUGGUGCCAUUGGAAUUGCAUUUGGUCUUAUUCAGGUCCUCGGUCUGGUGUUCUCCAUGUGCCUCUACUGCUCCAUAAGAGACGGAACUAAGGCAUAAGAUGGGGUACCGGUCUUUAGUAUAUUUAAAUGGUUACAUCAAUUAUGCAUGAUUUGUAAUUAACUUAAUUCAGUGUCACACAAUAUUGUAAGGGACAGAGGGGUAUUUGUUACAAAUUUUCCAGGAGUGGUUCCAACAUUUUCUCAAGAUAUAGUAUUUAAGUUAUUGAAAGCUGGGUGAUUUUCUUUUUAAUUGUGUACAUGUUGAUUAAAAUUUCGAGUAAUGUUGAACUUUGUUGCUGUGAUUUUGACGAUUUGAAUGCGAUGAAUGUCAUAUGCCAGGCAUGCUACUGCCAUAAGGUGAUCAUGUGAUCACCAUGGGGUGAUCAUGUGAUUGCCAUUGGGGGAUCACGUGAUCACCAUGGGGUGAUCAUGUGAUUGCCAUAAGGUGAUCAUGUGAUCACCAUGGGGUGAACAUGUGAUCGCCAUUGGGGAUCAUGUGAUCGCCAUGGGGUGAACAUGUGAUUGCCAUAAGGUGGUCAUGUGAUCACCACGGGGUGAACAUGUGAUUGCCAUUGGGGAUCAUAUGAUCAUCAUGUGGUGACCAUAUGAUCUUUGUCUGAAAGUCAUGUCAAGGGCAUACCAGUAGCAUUCCAUUGUAUACAUUCACCAUUGUGACAUUUCACCUGUGACGUUUCACCUUUGACCUAAAGUUACCUUAACUACGAUAUAGUGAACUCUUGAAAACUGCCUUUUCUAAAAUGUCAACUUUAUCUUCUUUCGAUUUAUUCAACCAACAAUCUAUUUUUCAUACUGAAUUUUUCGUCUUCCUUCCAGAAGCAAACACUUCUUUUUUUACCUCACAUCAUUGCUGGGUCGAACAAAAGGCAAUAUUAUUCUUAGAUUUUAAUUCUUGAAUUGAAAUCGAAAACAAUUUAUCCUUUUUAUAUAAAAAAAUUGUCACUAUUUUUCUUACCACGAUUUGGGCAGUCUAUUAAAAUGAUUAUACAAUGUUAACGAAACUCUGAAGAGAGAUAAACAAAAGUGACACAAUUUAUUUUGUAUUUGGCCAAAAAAUAUUUUCAUAAGAGAAGAUAAGUUUAUUAGGGAGAUUUGUUAUAUGGGGAUGAAUGUAAAGCUACUUCGCUUUUUUUUCAGAAUUGUACUUAACAACCGGCUUGAAAUAUUCACCAAUAUUUCCAGUUAAUGCAAAAUUACUUUUUCAGAGUUUUCCAACUCUUCUUCCUGUAUUGAAUAGAUUCACAACGACUCACCCUAUUUUUAGUCUGAAAACGCAAUGAAACGAGGCUGAUGUUUCAAAAUACAUUCAGGGAUUGGACUAAAACUUGCCUUUUGGUAGUUUCUUGUAGACGGGUUAGAGAAUUAGACUCUUUCAACAUUUAAAAGCUGACUACCGUACACAGAUUUUUAAGAGGCUGUAUUUUUUGUAUAAAUUUUAUUGACUAUGCUGAAUGUAUCAUUGUGGUGGAGGUAGGGUUUAGUCGUCUUUUAUGUAUAGUUGCCAAUUUGAGGAUUACACCAUGUUUUAGUACAAUGAUCAGUGUAGAAAAUUGUAACAAUGUUAUUCUAUACGGACUUGUUCAUAUAUGAUUGAUUCAUGCUAAUGACGGUAAUAGUGGAAAAAGUAAAACUUUUCCUAAGAUUUUUUUACUAGAGGUAUGAAAAUCAUGCAAUUUUUGGUGGAAUGACUUCGAUUUCAGUCUUUCUCCUGGGUAAUUUUUACACUUUUUCACAGCUUUUUAAUUUUUCAUGAAUGUUUGAUACAAGAGCGUUGGUUUUCAUGAUUAUGUAUGUAGUGACACAGGAUAGCAUACAAGUUAUGUAAUUAUGUAGAACAUACUCUUUUGCAUGGUUAUCUUGCUAGUUUUAAUAUGUCUGUUUUUAGGGAGAUAUGGUGUUUUAUGAAAUUUAUUUCUUCUUUCUGUAUUAAAAUUCA